AUGAAGAAGUUUGGCUUUGGCAGCAAGAAGGGGGGCGACGACGGCGGUGACGACGAUGCUUCUCGCAGCGCCCUUUUCGGCCGCAAGAAGUCUUCUCAGCCGCCCGCCGGUGACAACCCCUACGCCCAAGCCCCACCAGCCAACGACCCCUACGCCCAGAGUUCCAAGUCCGCCGCCGCCUCGGCCCCCUACCAGCAACAACGCCCGGGGGGCUUCCAGUCGAACCCCUACGGCGGCGGCGGCGGCAGCUCUGGCGGCCUCCCCGGCGGUCCCGGGCCCCGUCGAAACCCCUCCGGCAGCGGCGCCUCGACCUACUCGCAACCGCCGCCUCCCUACGGCGGCGACGCCAACGAGCGAUCCAGCAGCGGGUACGGCGCCGACAGGUACGGUGCGUCGGGCGGCUACGGCGAUAACCGCUACGACAACAGCGGCGCCAACAGGUACGGAGCAUCCUCGGCCGCAUCAGCACGCGGGCCCGGCGGCUACGGCGGUCUCGGCCGCACCAACUCGAACGACACGGACGCCCAGCGCGACCAGCUCUUCUCGGGCGCCCAGCAGCGCAACCAGCAGCGCCAGCAGGGCGGCAACAACAACGGCUACGGCCAGGACAACGCCGGCGGCUCCUCCUCCGCCGCAGCUGGCGCCGAGGGCGACCCGUACGGCGGCUACGGCGCCGAGCGCGAGCUCACCGAGGAGGAGAUCGAGGCGCAGGAGGUCCGCGACGUCAAGAAGCAGAUCCAGGACACGCGGCAGGAGUCGAUCAACUCGCUGCAGCGGUCCAUUGCGCUGGCGCACCAGGCCGCCGACACGGGCAUCAACACGAUGAACAUCCUCGCGCGGGACGAGGAGCGCCUCAACAACACGGAGAAGCGCCUCGACGAGGCGGCCAACUACAACAAGAUUGGCGCCGAGCGGGCCAAGAAGCUCAAGAACCUCAACCGCUCCAUGUUUGCCGUCCACGUCAACAACCCCUUUACCAACAGCAAGCGCACGGCCGAGUACGAGCAGAACGUCAUUGACAACCAUCGUGCCGAGCGAGAGCUGCGCAACGAGACGAGGAAGAACGGCUGGGACUCGUCACAGCAGAUGGAGCAGACGAUGCGCGGUCUCAACCUCGGCGACAAGUCGCAGCAGCGUGGUUCGGGCAAGUCCUCGGCGGCGGAGAAGAGCAAGUACGUCUUCCUCGACGAGGACGACGACGAGAACAACCAGGCGCUCGAGGACGAGGCGACGAUUGACCGCCAGAUGGACGAGCUCAGCGGCGCCGUCUCCGUCCUCAACAGGGUCGCCAAGGCACAGACCCAGACGGUCCAGAGGCAGAUUGUCACGGCCGACAGGAUCAAUGAGAAGACGGACAUGGUGGACGAUGGUGUCAGACUCAACAGGGCCCGUCUCGACCGCAUCAAAUAA